AUGAUUGGCGGCAUGGUUGGCACAGGCUGCAGCGGUACAAACGCCUACCGUUACGGUACUAUGAGUGAGUGGGUUCUUUCGUUGACUGUCGUACUAGCUGAUGGUACUGUUGUCAAAACGCGGCAACGUCCGCGCAAGAGCUCGGCUGGUUAUGAUCUGACUCGCCUUUUCAUCGGCAGUGAGGGUACACUCGGGCUUGUGACCGAUGCCACUCUCAAGCUGACUAUUAUUCCGCAAAAUGAGUCCGUCGCUGUGUGCAGUUUCAAGAGCGUACGCGACGCGGCCAAUUGUGUUUCAGACGUUGUGAGCAAUAGCGUGUCAGUUGCUGCCGUUGAGAUACUAAAUGAGGAUUGCAUGCGCUUGAUCAAUGAGGUCGGCGCCAUCUCUUGUGAGUGGACGCCAGCGCCGACUCUUUUCUUUAAGUUCAACGGCACAAAAAGCGAAGUUCAGCAGCAGAUCAAGCAGGUUCAAACAUUGGCCCAUGAGUCCGGAUCGCUAUCCUUCGACUUUGCGGAAGGUGAAGAUGAGCGCGAGGAGCUGUGGUCUGCACGUCAUCAAGCUUUGUGGAGCCUCACCUCAACCAAGAAUGAGGACGACCACGUUUGGACGACUGACGUAGCCGUUCCCAUGUCCCGAUUACCGGAGGCGAUCGGGAAGGCUCAGGAGGAAUUGAAGGAGAGCGGACUCAAAGGUGUGAUCGUUGGUCAUGUGGGCGACGGCAAUUUCCACACUUUCCUUUUGUACAAUGAGAGACAGAGAAAGGUGGCCGAAGACUUUGUGCACCGAAUGGUCGACCGUGCGCUGGAGAUGGAGGGAACAGCUACAGGAGAACAUGGUGUCGGCCUGGUUAAGAGAGAUUUCCUGCCCAAGGAACUGGGCGUGGACACUGUUUCGGCCAUGAGAAAGAUAAAACAAGCAUUCGACCCUCUGUGCAUCCUGAACUGUGACAAUGUCAUACUCAUGCAGAAACCUAACCCGAAAGAUAUGUAA